CCUAUUUGGGGUUACUUUGAAUAUAACUGUGUGUCGGAUAAAAGCAAGUCUCUUGCAGUGGAAGGUGGUGAAAUAUGUGGACGAUUUAUUAAAGGAAAAAAUCCCAUAAGGUAUUGGAAGACGCUAAGCCCCGCCUCCUGAAUUACAAUUGGUACUUCAUUUGAGGUAUUCUCUACAUACAGUUAGAACGCAACAGCACAAAAAAGAUGGUCACAAUUAGUCUUGUGUUUAGUAUCCUCGCAGUACUGGGGACUAUAAUUGGUGUAAUAAUCUUCAGCAAAAGUUUAGUCACACACCAUCAUUAUAUGACGUAUCGAGAUUUCAGCGACAAUGAAACAGAAGUGUCCAUGGAACAUUCUUCCCUGAAGAAACUCAACCAUGCCAAAGUGAUCAAGCUGAAGGAGGUCAUCUGGGAAAAUGAUCAGCUCUACUUUGUGUUUGAGUAUAUGAAGGAGAACAUCUAUCAGCUGAUAAAAGAAAGAACUUGUAUGUUUCCUGUGUCUGCAGUGAGGAAUAUCAUGUUUCAGAUUCUACAGGGACUUGUCUUCAUUCAUAAACACGAGUUAAGCACAAAGGAGAACGUAGCCGUUCAUGCAGCAAAGGACUACAGUGGAAACAUGUGGGAGGGCAGCAGUGUCGGAGGGACGCAACCUAUCCCGGGCAACCAUGAUUAUGCAAUGUGGCAAUCAAGCAGGUCGAAUAGUCACAUGGGCACAUCCUCCUAUGUGUCGUCUCCCACCAAGAGCACACCUGGCAUGCGAUCUCGGCCUCCUCUGCAGCCCGUUCAUGGCCGCACAGACUGGUCUGCCAAAUACGGCCAUCGCUAGGCCAUUCUCAAUAUGAGUGCUCAUGUGUCUACCCGGUGAUUUGAAAUCCAUACCUUCUUAUACAACAAUAAUCUUUUACAUACCUCUGUGUAAAUAUUGCAUUUGAUUUAUUACUGACAUGCUUGUUACCACCUUUUAAAAUGAUUCAAUUUAAAAAAAAAAAAAAAAAAGGAAUAAUUUAAUGAGAAAAAGUAAGCUUCAGUCAUUUUGUUUAAGUAUAGAAAAUUUGGUAUGUGAAUUUCAUAAACAUGCUCCUUGUUAUGGCUGACCAAAAACAACAACAUGAUUUUACUCAGAGGUUUGUGUCUCUUUAUAUUUAUGAAAUAAAUGGGCAGAAAGAAAUACCAG